CGUGAAUUCUACGUUCCUGCUCACGCUCAGACAUACUCUCGCUGCUCCCUUCGAUAGGCGCGCUCUAGGCUUUUUUGAUUCACGAAGGUUCAUCAUCUUCCCAUGGCACUGUCUCGCAAACCUUUGACGACAUAUUCUCGGCGCUCUCGUGCACGGACGACCGGCAAGAAUCGUGCGCAGCAAUCCUCUCCUCUGGAACAGCUACCGGCAGAUCAGGAAGAUGUCACUAUGACGGAGAUGACACGCAGAAUGCAGAAACGAUCGCGGCGGACUGCGUCUACUACUGAUGACGAUCCGCACACUGGCGAUGAACUGCAGAUUGUCAAAAGAGCGAAGAAUGACGCUGCGAAGGACUCCGGCGACGACGAACCUAGUCCCGCUCUACUGGUUGCUCCUCCUGCUCUUCGUGCGCACACUGUCGGCCAGAUACCUUCCCAACUUCAAGCGCCUGAAAUCCUGUUCUGCACACCGCACCCUUCCUUCUGCUCCGAAGACGCUAUGAUACCGUCUUCUGCUGCUCGGUCUGUACGCUCUGACAAAGAAGAAUUCUCUCCGCUCCCAGCUGCUCGCCGUAUGCUUUUCCGUACUAGCUCUCGGAAUCUCAAAGAGAACUGUGAUCGUGCCCUCGGAUCUCCAUUCAGCAGUCGUCCUGGCUCUCGUGCUGCCUCUCCUAGUGCGGCUAUGAUGAAGGGCAGAAUUCGGAAGCCGUCUCAUCAUGUGAAGUCUCGUACCCUAUCUGCUCCUCUUGAUCCGGCAAGGCUAGCUCAUGCGGCACACGGCUUGCUUGCUACUGCUGCAGACAACGUCGCUGGCGGACAUCUCGCUAUCCAGGCUAAGCAGGAGAAGCACGGUAACAGUCUGCAUCACCGCACUGGGUCGUAUCCAACUGCCUCUUCUGUUCAGGUGGUAGACGACUGGCUUGCGCACCCAACGGUACUACCGCUGGGCGGCGGCGCCAUACUCGAGCCGUCCCCUGACCACGCAUCAUUCUUUCUCGACGCUCCCAACGAAUCCUCCACACCUCCGCGCAAGCGUCGUGCGACCACUGGUGGCAUGCGCAUAGAAACUCAAGACUACGACAUC